UUAUGUUGCAGGCAGCAGAUUUAUAGAUGAUGAUGCCAAACAUUUGGCAGAUGCCUUGUCAGUAAGUUAAGCAUAUUUGUAUUUUAUUUUCAAGGCUGUUAAUAACAGCGGUUUCCCUCGUCUGUGCAGAUGAAUUCCAGGUUGAAGGAGCUUGAUUUGAGCCAUAAUGAGUUUUGUGGCAAAGGAGGGGAGUAUUUGGGGCAACUGCUAGCAAACAAUGAAGGGCUUGAGGUGUUGGACCUCAGUUGGAAUCACCUUAGAAUGAAAGGAGCUGUGGCUUUUAGUGCCGGACUAAAGGUGAAUACAAUGUUAAAACAUCUUGAUUUAUCAUGGAAUGGUUUUGGGAAUGACGGAGCUUUGGCCAUUGGAGAAGCCUUAAAAUUCAACAACACCCUCGUGCAUCUUAACCUCAACAACAAUCGUCUCACCAAUGAGGGUGUCAGCAUGCUUUGCAGGGGUCUGGAGUACAAUGACACUCUUCAAGUACUGCUGCUGGCUUAUAACUCUUUAACAGUAGAGGGUGCCCUCGUCCUGGUCAACAUAGUGAAAAACACACCCAAAACUGCCUUGGAUGAGAUUGAUUUAUGUGUGAGUUUCUAUAUUCCUGAAGAAAAGACAAUAGUUGAUCAAGGUCUCAGUCACUUUUAAGACAAAACACAGUUUCGUUUUUUCAAAAUGUGUAUGCUACACAUUUUUAAAAAGCAAUCUUUUCCUUAUUUUCCUUUGAACAGAAUGUACAGGUGAAUCAGAACUUUGUGCAUUUGCUGGAAGUGACGCGUCAGGAACAUCCUGGUCUAAAAGUUCACUAUCGAGGUGUUGGGGGCUUCAUUGCUAAAAAGCCUCAGAAACGAAUAGAUCCAAUGAAAG